UAGAGAUGAAGCGUAAAAUAUGGUGACGGUACCUUGCGAAAGAAGUUAUGUCUCCCUUGCAUAAAUACUUCGAAUCACCCAAGUUACAAGAGGAUUCAUCAAGAGCAAAACUUGCUUUUGAGGGAAUAAACAAAAAAAAAAAAGUAGUUUUCCUUUGUUUUAUUAUUUUUUAUAGGAAAGGGUUAAUUAUACAAAAGGAGAGAAAAAAAAACUAAAAAUAAUAUGGAGGGGAGGUUAUUAACGGUGUUGGUCUGCCUCGCCUCUACGGUGGCGAUAGUAAACGCCGGCGAUCCUUACUUCUUCUACACAUGGAACGUGACGUACGGAACCGCCUCACCUCUCGGUGUUCCUCAAAAGGUGAUUCUCAUCAACGGUCAGUUCCCUGGUCCUAACCUAAACUCAACCUCUAACAACAACGUCGUCAUCAAUGUCUUCAACAACCUCGACGAGCCUUUCCUCUUGACCUGGAAUGGGAUUCAGCACAGGAAGAAUUGCUGGCAAGAUGGUGUGGCUGGGACUACAUGUCCCAUCCCAGCAGGACAGAACUUUACUUACCAUUUCCAACCUAAGGACCAGAUCGGUUCCUACUUCUAUUACCCGACCACUUCUCUUCACCGCUUUGCUGGUGGUUUCGGUGGUCUCCGUGUCAACAGCCGUCUCCUUAUUCCCGUUCCUUACGCCGACCCUGAGGAUGAUUACACCGUCCUUCUCGGUGACUGGUACACAAGUGGCCACACCGCUCUCAAGAAAUUGCUUGACAGUGGACGCACCCUUGGACUGCCUAACGGUGUUUUGAUCAACGGAAAGUCAGGGAAAGUGGGAGGAAAGAACGAGCCUUUGUUCACGAUGAAGCCCGGAAAGACUUACAAGUACAGGCUCUGCAACGUUGGGUUCAAGUCUACUAUUAACUUCAGGAUCCAGAACCACAAGAUGAAGCUUGUGGAGAUGGAAGGCUCACAUGUUCUUCAGAACGACUACGACUCGCUCGACGUCCACGUUGGCCAGUGUUUUGCGGUUCUUGUGACUGCUGACCAGGCAGCUAAGGACUACUACAUGGUUGCAUCGACCAGGUUCCUAAAGAAGGAACUUAGCACCGUGGGUGUGAUCCGUUACGCAGGAAGCAACGUGCAGGCUUCAGCUGAGCUCCCCAAGGCUCCUGUUGGUUGGGCUUGGUCUUUGAACCAGUUCAGAUCCUACAGGUGGAACCUAACCGCUAGUGCUGCAAGGCCUAACCCGCAGGGCUCAUACCACUAUGGAAGGAUCAACAUCACCCGCAGCAUCAAGCUUGUCAACUCAAUGAGCAUGGUGAACGGUAAAGUCAGGUUUGGAUUCAACGGUGUAUCACACGUUGACACCGAGACACCUUUAAAGCUGGCUGAGUACUUCCAAAUGUCAGAGAAGGUGUUCAAGUACAACGUCAUCAAGGACGAGCCUGCAGCGAAAAUCACAGCAUUGACGGUAGAGCCUAAUGUGCUCAACAUCACAUUCCGUACCUUUGUUGAGAUCAUUUUCGAGAACCACGAGAAGAGCAUGCAAUCAUUCCAUCUGGAUGGUUACUCCUUCUUCGCAGUCGCUUCUGAGCCAGGGAGGUGGACACCUGAAAAGAGAGAGAACUACAACUUGCUCGAUGCGGUGAGCAGACACACAGUGCAAGUGUACCCCAAGUCGUGGUCAGCGAUCCUGUUGACAUUCGACAACGCAGGUAUGUGGAACAUAAGGUCUGAGAACUUGGAGAGGAGAUACCUCGGACAACAACUGUAUGUGAGCGUUCUAUCACCGGAGAAGUCGCUAAGGGACGAGUACAACAUCCCCCUCAACACAAACCUCUGUGGCAUCGUUAAGGGCUUGCCUAUGCCUGCAAUCUACACCUAG